CACAUCCAUUAAACUUCAUACCUUAUUCAAUUUCUCUGGAUGGAAACGCCAAUGCACUUCCAUUAAUCAAAUUACGAAAUAUACUGAUGUUGUUGCUUUGUGAUGCAACGAUGGGUGGCGGAGAUUCCGAUGCCGUCGUUUACCUUCACGGAGAUCUGGAUUUCACGAUAGCCGAAGCUCAAUGUUUGCCGAACAUGGACGUAUUCACGCAACGCGUUCGACGUUGCUUAAACGCCUUCGACUCUUGCAAACCACCUGUACCACCGAAGAGGAAAGUAACACCGCACCGCCAUAAAAUGGUCACGUGUGACCCGUACGUCACAGUCUGUCUCGCCGGUGCCACCAUCGCUCGGACGCGCGUGAUCCCUAACUCCCAAGACCCUGUCUGGGACGAGCAUUUCGUUACGCCAGUCGCGCAUCCGGUAACACAUGUGGAGUUUCAGGUGAAGGAUAAUGAUGUAUUCGGUGCGGAAUUGAUCGGUGUGGCCUCAAUCUCGGCCGAGAGGAUAAAAUCCGGUGAGCUAAUCGACGAUUGGUUCUCAAUUAUUGGUCCAUUUGGUAAACCCCCAAAACCUAAUGCCUCAAUUAGGUUACAGAUCCAAUUUACGUCAUGUGAUGAUGCCGAGAGGAAGGAUAAAUCAUUCGACGGCGAGGAGUUGUUUUGCUUGAGAGAUAGUUAUUUUCCGGUGAGAGGCGGCGGAAAUGUGACUCUGUAUCAGGAUGCACAUGUUGUGGAAGGCCAGUUACCGGAGAUUGAAUUGGGCGGAGGAGGAGGAGGAGAAGAAGAAGAGGGUGUAAAGUGUAAUUUUUAUAAGCAGAGGGGGUGUUGGGAAGAUAUAUGUCAUGCUAUAUUAGAAGCCCAUCAUUUGGUGUAUAUUGUUGGGUGGUCAAUUUACGACAAAGUGAAGUUGGUUAGAGAGCCAAAUGCUCCAUUGCCAAAUGGUGGAGAUUUGACGCUUGGGGAGUUAUUGAAGUACAAAUCAGAAGAAGGGGUCAGAGUUUUGUUGCUUGUUUGGGAUGACAAGACUUCACACAAUAAAUUCUUCAUUAAAACGGAAGGAGUGAUGGAAACUCACGACGAAGACACUCGGAAGUUUUUCAAACACUCGUCUGUACACUGCGUGCUGUCUCCACGAUACGCGAGUACUAAGCUUAGUAUUAUUAAGCAACAGCUCAACCCAAACAGUAGCUUGCACAUGAUACAGGUCGUUGGGACCCUAUAUACGCAUCAUCAGAAAUGUGUUAUAGUGGAUACACAAGCCCAGGGAAAUUACAGGAAGAUAUCUGCUUUUAUUGGAGGUUUGGACCUAUGUGAUGGACGCUAUGACACACCAGAGCAUCGUUUAUUUCGUGAUCUUGACACUGUAUUUGAAAACGAUUUUCACAAUCCAACGUUUUCUUCAGGUACAAAGGCUCCAAGGGAACCAUGGCAUGAUCUACAUUGCAAAAUUGAUGGUCCUGCUGCAUACGAUGUCCUCACAAACUUUGAACAAAGAUGGAGAAAAGCCACAAAAUGGUCUGAACUUGGACGCCGUUUCAAAAGAAUAUCUCAUUGGCAUGAAGAUGCGUUACUCAAGAUAGAGCGUAUUUCAUGGAUACUAAGUCCUUCAUCGGAACUUCCAACUGAUGAUCCAGCAUUAUGGGUUUCAGAGGAGGAGGAUCCCGAAAACUGGCAUGUUCAGGUUUUCCGGUCAAUUGAUUCUGGUUCUUUGAGAGGAUUCCCGAAAGAUGUUCAAGAAGCUGAACUUCAGAAUCUAGUCUGCGCAAAAAAUCUUGUGAUCGAUAGAAGCGUUCAGAAAGCAUACAUUCGAGCCAUAAGGUCCGCCAAGAACUUCAUCUAUAUCGAGAAUCAAUAUUUUCUUGGGUCAUCAUAUGCAUGGCCAUCCAAUAAAGAUGCAGGUGCUGAUCAUUUAAUUCCAAUGGAGCUCGCGUUGAAGAUUGCUAAUAAGAUAAGGGCAAAUGAGCGGUUUUCAGUUUACGUUGUUAUUCCUAUGUGGCCUGAAGGUCAUCCCAACUCUGUCGCCGUUCAACAAAUUUUGUAUUGGCAGGGACAAACUAUGCAAAUGAUGUACGAUAUUAUUGCUAAAGAGUUGAAGAGUUCGGAAGUUGAGAACGGACAUCCACUGGAUUACUUAAAUUUUUACUGCCUCGGUAACCGUGAAGAAUGCCCGGAAGAAGUGUCGACUUCAGGCAUCUGUCACUCUUCAAAUGCUCAUUCGGUUUCGGCGUCUUAUAGAUAUGGAAGGUUCAUGAUAUACGUACACGCUAAAGGAAUGAUCGUAGAUGAUGAAUAUGUGAUAUUGGGAUCUGCCAACAUUAAUCAAAGAUCCAUGGCGGGUUCAAGAGAUACCGAAAUAGCCAUGGGGGCUUAUCAGCCUCAUCACACAUGGACUAACAAGAACCGACACCCCCGUGGUCAAGUAUACGGGUACAGAAUGUCGUUGUGGGCCGAACACACAGCAAUGAUCGAUGAUGAAUUUAUGGAGCCCGAAAGCUUAGCCUGCAUGCAAAGCGUAAACAAGUUGGCAGAAGAUAACUGGAGAAAGUACACUUCUGAUGAUUUCAGUCCCUUACAAGGCCAUCUUCUUAAAUACCCGAUCAAAGUCGAUGCCAACGGAAAAGUAAGCCCGUUACCGAGACAUGAACACUUCCCAGAUGUUGGGGGUAAGGUUCUUGGUUCUCUAGCCAACCUCCCUACUGCUUUGACCACAUAAAACUUCCCAGAGUUAUCUGACUUUGACUUUUCAAACCAUCGUAUUUGUCAUUUUGUCCAAAAAAAACCAUUUUUUAUACAGAAAUACAAAAAUGAACACUACCCUUUGAAAAAAAUUCCUUUUUUGUGCAUAACCAAAAUCGUCUAUUCUCUAAAACUAUAUCAUUUAUUCGGGAUCUUUUCAAGAAUCGGUUAAUUUACAAUAAAAGAUAAAGUAUGAUGGUCCUAUAAGUCGAUGGCAUGCCCGGUCUCGUGAAGAUUUCCGUCUCCGAAACCGAAAAGUGUU